CUGAAGGCCGCAGUUACUUGCGCCAGUAUUGAAGGUCGUCGAACCUUUUCGGAAUGAAAUGGUGCUGGUUGAAUUUUUGUUACUGUAUCUUUUCUGUUUUGUUGUCAAGUAUUAGCUUGUCGUAUGGAAGACACACAUCAAAUUGGGCUGUUCUUGUAGAUACUUCGCGGUUCUGGUUCAACUAUCGACAUAUAAGCAAUGUCCUUUCAAUUUAUCGAAGUAUCAAGCGCCUCGGAAUACCAGAUAGCCGUAUUAUUUUGAUGGUGGCUGAUGAUGCAAGUUGUAGCUCGAGAAAUCCGAGACCAGCAACAAUCUUCAACAAUCCUUACAGUCGGGUAAAUUUGUAUGGCGAAGAGAUAGAGAUUGAUUAUCGUGGUUACGAAGUUACUGUAGAAAACUUCAUUCGUGUAUUAACUGGGCGUUUACCUCCUUCGACACCUACUUCUAAGCGCCUCAAUACUGACGAGCACAGUAAUAUCCUAAUAUAUAUGACAGGCCAUGGUGGUGAUGGUUUCCUUAAGUUUCAAGAUGAUCAUGAGCUUUCUAACAGUGAACUGGCCGAUGCGAUUGAACAGAUGUGGCAAAAACGUAGGUAUCAUGAAUUACUAUUCAUUGUCGAUACAUGUCAAGCUGAAUCAAUGGGCAAGUUGUUUUAUUCGCCUAAUGUAGUAGCCAUCGGUAGCAGUGCUAUAGGAGAAGAAUCAUUAUCUCUCCAUUCGGAUCGCGAAAUUGGGACCUAUGUUUCUGAUCGAUAUUCUUACUAUGCGUUUCAGUUUUUGGAGUCUGUUACUCCUUCGAGCAAAAGAACAUUGUAUGAUUUUUCCCAGUUAUGCUCUUUCUCAUUAUGUCAAUCAACUGUUAUCACUCGAUCUGAUUUAUUUAGACGUGAUAUACGUCGCGUACUUGUUACAGACUUUUUUGGUAGCGUGCGUCAUAUAAUCCCUGGACCAGUUAUAGAAACUAACAAUUCCACUUUGUAUGAAAACAAUACAUUAAUUAAACACUGAAUCGAAGCAUUUUUUGUACGUUACACCUCUCAACGUGUAUCUGUGAUACUAGUUUUUUAAUUAAUAUAUUAUUGUACAAUCCGUUAGACCGUUUACAUACAUUUUUUCUGUAAUAGUUGUUUUAAAAUUUAUUGAAUUUCGUUAAUAUACCA